UCGGACACAUCAGGAAUUUGUGUGAACUUUGCAACAUGGCGGCAGAGCACAUCGGCGAGUUGGCAAGCAUGGAGAGCUCCAGCCAAAGCGCUCGGCUCGGCUUCUGCAGCGACAGAUACUCACUGCUGGUCAUUGUUGGACAGCCCGGUCCGGCCGGAUUUGUGGACUUACUAGUGUCAGAGAUCGAGAGAGGUGUUCGCUCCUGGGACGUCGACUUGAGCGCCUGCAACAUAGAUGAACAGCUCAAACUCUUUAUUUCAAGACACUCUGCUUUCGUCUCUGAAGACCUCAAAGGCCAGAAGACCCUGCAGCACAACGGGGAUGUGCUUGAGACCCAGGUGAUAGUGAACCCAUCUCAUGAUUUGGUCUGUUCAGAGGUUCGCCGGCUUAUUUCUGAUACGUCUCUUCACAAGCUGCUAAUUCUUGCUGGACAAUGUGUUGAAGAGACUGGAGAUCUUGUGUUACAAGAAGGGUCUUUUUCACUAAAUGACUUUAUCCAGAUAUUUACAGAUGAAGAGAUUGGAGAUCUUCUGAGCUCUGCAGACCCUGCUCAGAAAGCCAGCUUAACUCUGAGCUGUCCCGAAUCUGGGAUGUGGAAAAAAUCCCAGUUAGAAAAGCAUAAUUUGCAAGAUUAUAUAGAAAUUAAAACCAAUCCUCCGUUAUUGCUCCCAGAGAUGGAGGGCCUUCAGGAGUUCACAGAGUAUCUGUCAGAGUCUCUUGAACCUCUUUCGCCUUUUGAUUUGCUCGAACCACCCAGUACAGUUGGCUUCCUAAAACUGUCUCGUCCCUGCUGCUAUGUGUUUCCUGGAGGAAGAGGUGACUGUGCCUUCUUUGCGGUGAAUGGUUUUAACGUCUUAGUCAAUGGGGGGUCUGAUUCUCGAUCCUGUUUUUGGAAACUGGUGAGACAUCUAGACCGAGUUGACUCCGUAUUGCUUACCCAUGCUGGUGUGGAUAAUCUACCUGGUAUAAACAGCCUAUUUAACAGAAAAGCAGCUGAACAAGAAGAAGAGUCUACUGGAUCGCAGAGCAACGAAGACUGGCAGAGGAAUUUGAUAUCUCCUGAAAUAGGUGUUGUAUUUUUCAAUGCCUCAGAAAGACUCAAAACAUUACAGAGUGACUCCAGGGUCCUUCGGAGUUGUGAUCAGGCUUCCCUAACAUUAAAGCAUUUAGAAAGGUUGUCAAUUUUUCCAGAACAGAUCAGUCGCUCUGCUGGGCCAACUGUCGAGCCAGUAAUUCUUUUCCAGAAGAUGGGUGUAGGUCGACUAGAUCUUUAUGUACUCAAUCCCGUCAAAGGUAGCAAGGAACUAGAAACUUUCUUGCAAACUUGGCCUGGCAGCACUCCAAAUUUAAAAACCUCUGAAAUCCCUCUAGAGUGUAUGGUGUCCAUAUGUGCACUGUUGGUGUGGCACCCAGCUAAUCCUACAGAAAAGAUCAUUCGUGUUCUGUUUCCUGGCUGCACUCCAGAAUCCAAGAUCUUUGAAGGUUUAGAGAGACUAAAGCAUCUAGAGUUCCUUAAACACCCAGUAGUUAGUUUGAAGGACCUUGAGGCACCAAAAUUGGAUAAACAGCCAAAGCGUGCCGAGAGCAAGGAAAGCCUUAAGAGUAUUUCCAAAGAAUCUCGAUCUGGUAGUGCCACACUCAAAGACAAGUUAAGCAAAGUAGAUUUGAAAAAGCUAGACACUAAAACAAAGACUAAACCCACUAAUGAAUCUGUUCCAAAAGAAGGGAAAGAGAGUGAGGAAAAAGCAAAACCAAAAGAUGAUGUGAAACCAAGAACUUCUAAGCCUGAAAAGCAAGUGUCUAAGAAAGAACCUGUUAAAGAUGAGAAAAAGGAAGUUAGAAAGAAAGAGGAAAGGCCACUGACAAGUAUGACAAAGAAAGACGAGAAUGUAGAGAAAAAGAAAGAACCCUUGAAAAAAGAUCUUGGUGCAAAGCCCAAGAAAGAUAUUAAACCCGAGCUGAAAAAGGAGAUUAAGAAAGAUGUCAAACCAGAAGACAAAAAAAUGACCAAACCUUUGGUUAAGGAUGUUAAGAAAGUAGCUGGAAAUUUGCCAGGUAAUGCUGAGUCUAGAAAGCCAAUGGGCAAGAAUGGCUCACUAAAGAAAGACUUUAUGGUCCCAAAAAAGGAUUCUAUAACCAAAGGGAAGCCAAAGCCAGACAAAAAGGAGCCUGACAAUUUGAAACCCUCAAGUGCAGAGCAGUCAAAGAUAUCUACAUCUGAGGACAGUACUGCUCAGUUGGAAAAGUUGGGGAUGGAAAAUGAACAUGGGCCAUUGCAUGAUGUUGAAGGCAACCCUUUGAGCUCAAGAACUGAAUGUGCCUCUGGAAACAAUGACAAUCAGGUGAAUGGCUCUACAACAGGUACUGAUGAAAGUCCAGAGAAGUUUCGCAGUAUGGAUGGGGUCUCUGGCCCGAACAGUGCUAUUGGACUUCCCUCCCCACUUUCAAAGACACCAAAGAGUGAGAAAAGUGUUAAUUUUGAUCUCACGACAACAGAGCUCGAUGGAUGCCUCAAAAAUGAUGGCUGUACAAGCUCAGAAGAAAAAACCCUUGAGUUAGUUUCCCCCACAGACUCUGGGAAGAACGGUUCAGGGCUUGAAGAUUGCAAGGUAGGUCUCAGCAACUCUGCUCUUGGUUUUGAAGACGGUCAGCAAAUCUGCAAGAACUCAAUGGCAGGUUGUUCAAGAGGCAAUAUAGAAAACAGCUCCAUAUCAUCACAAGAUAGACAAUCAAGCUUUCUCUCCUCAACUUCUCUUAAAGAUACUCUACCCGAUGGCUCUCCCAGCAUCACUUCCUUUCCUGCAGAGGUUGGCUCUCCACACUCCACCGAAGUAGAUGAUUCCUUAUCGGUUUCCUUUGAACAAGUGCCUGUUUGUCAUUCACAGGAAGAGAUGAUCAGCUUGGCAUACACUAAUGGACAUUUAGCAGACCGUGACCCCAAAACAGAUAUGUCUUUACCUUUAAAAACAUCUCAUAAUAGUCACCACACAUAUGAUGAAUCUGAGAAUCACCUCAUUGGACCACAGAUUGACAUCCUUCCACAUGAUGUUGAUCUAUGUCUGGUUUCACCAUGUGAAUUUAAGCAUCACAAAUCUCCAGAGAAUCAACAGGGACUCUCCUCUGAGGUGGCUGCCCCAAGUCCUGACCACUCUCUGGAGCCAGUUAGACAGUGCAGUAGUAGCGAUCAUCUGGAAAGUCAGGAGACGACUUCCUCUGUCAACGUCUCUCUCAUCUCGGUUUCUGAUUCUGAUGUGCCACCAGCCACUGAAGAGUGUCCCUCCAUUACUGAGGACUUGGACUCUGAUGAGGAACCUAGUGACUUUCCACCCAACCACCCUCACGACCACCCUAGCAGCCAUUCGGUACACCACAAUUCCCAGCAUGUCACUGAAGACCCUCCACCUGCCCCAAUGAAGGACCUACCACCACUGCCAUCCCAGCCGGGUGCUUGCAUGGCUGACCCAGAGGCUGAUGGUCUGGGUAAAUCUUCCAAGAAUGUAACAUCAAAGACCAAAAAAACAGCACCAGUGUCCACAAAGACUGCAUCUGCAAGCAUCAUAACACAGAGUGGAAAGACAAAGACUGGUGCUCCGGUGUCUGCCACUGGAACUAUUCGGCCAACAUCCAGUCUGGACACCAGACCUGCUUCCCGCAAUGCUGUUAGCGGAUCUAGACUAGUGCCUUCAAAGUCCUCAUCUGGUUCUGUCACUGCACAUUCAAGUUCAGUACCCAUCUGUUUGGACUUGGCAUAUUUGCCCUCUGGCUCAGCAGCUUCCACUGUGGAUGUGGAGUUUUUCCGACGCCUCCGUUCAUCCUGCUAUAUAAUUAGUGGAGAUGAGCCGCACAAGGAAACAGUCAUGAGAUCUAUUCUCGACUCUCUUUUAGAGGGCAAAGCAUCCUGGCCAGAUGUUCAGGUGACUUUGAUCCCCACGUUUGAUUCGCUGACCAUGCACAGCUGGUACCAGGAGACCCACGAACGGCAGAGAGAUCUAGCGAUCACGGUGCUUGGGAGCAACAGCACCGUAGCCAUGCAGGACGAGACCUUCCCAGCAUGCAAAGUGGAGUUUUAAACACACCCGAAGAAUCACACCCCUGCCUGUCACUAGAGCACUUCUGUUCACUUUCAAAAUGUCGUCUCUCAGUCUCUCACGCUUUACCUUGAGCAGCAGGACGAAGCAUUUCAGUUCCAUUCGUCGGGAAUUACUUCUCUGUAAUGUUAACACUUCUGCACAUCUACACUCGCUGCUUGUUAGGAUUCUGUGUGAACAGAGGAGACAGUUUCGCCAUUUGUUUUCUUUGUGGCUAUUUUUAGCAGUUGUACACAUGUGAUUUUAUACAUUGCAUCUUGUUGAUUAUCUAACAUUCAUCUGAUCAGUUUACCAUAUCUUAUGGUCCUACAUUGCUUACAUUUUGCACAGUUUUGAUGCCGCUUUGAAAGCUUUGGCAGAAUAGAGUCAGACAUGCAGGUUAACACUUGAUAUUUUGUUAAGGGCAGAUGUAUUCCUGUAUUUCACUGUGCAGAUCAUGCACUCCACAGUAUUUAAAUUUUUUUGGUCUGUCAGUGCAACCUUUAGCAAGUUGAUUUUCUUCUAGAGAGAAAAUGAAGGCAAUUCAAAUCUCAUGUUUACUAGAAUUGCACCACUUUUGUCAGUACAUGAUCAGACAUCUGGCUAGAUAAACACUUCUCUAGUACAGUCAUUUGUACCAAAAACAUUUCCAGAUUUAAACAUUCAGUGGAAAGUGUGGUUUCGCAAUGUAAGAAAAAUACAAUUUUAGUGCAUCAAAAGACUUGUGUGUGAACACUACGUAGCAAAGUAAAGUGUUUUUUGUGAAGCGUAUAUGAAAAUAUACAUAGUGACAGCCAAGAAACAUUUUAAUUCUGCAUUUAUUAAGAGUGGAGAAUAUUAUAAUCUGUGUUUUUUUUGUUUUGUUUUUUCUUUGUCCCACAUACUUGGCUCGUUUCGCUAGAGACACAUUAUGUGUACAAAGCUGAAUGCCUUAAUGUUCUUGCGAUCAUCGACAAACACUAAAGCAGCAUGUCAUUCACGACACUUAACUUGAGUUCUGAAUACUUUUUGCUGAUCACCUUGCUUUCCUGAUAUUUAUCUUUAGACAAGCUCGACCAAUGUGUACGUUGUCACCGCAAUGGCUGCUAAACUUUCUGAGCAAUAAAAAGUUUAAUUGUGAUCAGGUGGAGACAUUUCCACACAAUUUUCUUAUUAGACAUUUUCUUAUUUGUUUGUACUUUAUAGAGCCAUUAAUGCAAAAGUUAAUGCGGCCAUGUUUUUCAAAAUUGCACUUUUAUUUUUUCCU